CCAGAGCUGAUGCUGCCAUAACGCAGCUGGGAUACACUCGCGCUAACGGAACGUCUACGAGAACUCAAAGCAAACGGAACUUAAGCAACAGCUGGAAAUAGUCGGCCAGCCGCCGCUGAUGGACACAUUAUAGCUGUUGCUAUUACUCAGCCUCUUCCCCGGCGCCCCCACCCUCCGCAGUGGGCGGGGUUUAAGCGUAACUCCUCCUACGUGCUGCGGCCUCCCCCGCCUGCUGACGUGUGCGCGCCAGACUGGCAGCUCAGCGAGCGAGUGAGUUGGGGGUGGGGAGCGCGCACCGGGUGUCCGUUCGAGUUAUAUCCCGGAGAGGCGCGAGAGGGCUCGGCCGGACUAACCUCGCGUUCCCUUGGGUUGGAAUGUGAUGAGCGUAGUGGAAGCGGCUAUAAGGGCAGCCAUGAGUGGCAGGAAGAAGAAGAGGAGACUGGUGCUGCCGCAAUGGGUCUGUGCUUGUGGGGCGCCCGAGAACAAAUCCCCCGGUGUGUGUCUAGCGCUGCUCCUGGCUGUGCUGCUCCUCCUGCCGCCCGUGUCCGUGUGUACCUUGUGUGAGGCCGGCGGGCCCCGGAGGAGGCGGGACACUCCUGCACUGCUCACAGACCCUUUUAAUUCUUUGAGUCCACCUGUCCUUACUGAAGAUGACAGGUCCAGCCUGGAGGCAAUUUGUACAAUCCACAAACAAAUGGAUGACGAUAAAGAUGGUGGCAUCGAAGUAGAGGAAAGCGAUGAGUUUCUUCGAGAGGACUUGAACUACAAAGAUGCCUCGCAGAAGCACAACCAUUUGCACAGAGAAGAUAAGCAUAUCACAGUUGAAGAUCUGUGGGCGCAAUGGAAAACCUCUGAAGUUCACAACUGGACCGAAGAGGAAACGUUGCAGUGGUUGCUGGAAUUUGUAGAGCUCCCUCAGUAUGAGAAGACCUUUAGAGAGAAUUCUGUGAAAGGGACAACUUUGCCCAGGAUAGCUGUUAAUGAGCCCCCAUUAAUGAUCUCGCAUCUUAAAAUUACUGAUCGGAGCCACAGGCAAAAGCUUCAGCUGAAAGCGAUGGACGUUGUGUUGUUCGGGCCACCAACAAGACCUCCGCACAACUGGGUUAAGGAUUUUAUCCUGACAAUUUCUAUUGUGAUCGGAGUUGGAGGUUGCUGGUUUGCAUAUACACAGAACAAAACUUCCAAGGAGCACAUAUCACAGAUGAUGAAGGACUUAGAAGGGCUGCAGAAAGCCGAAUUUAGUCUUCUUGAGCUUCAGGAAAGACUAGAGAAAGCUCAAGAGGAGAACAGGACAGUGGCAGUAGAAAAGCAAAAUCUUGAGCGUAAAAUGAUGGACGAAAUCAGCGAUGCUAAGCGUGAAGCUUAUCGGCUCCGGGAGUUGAGGGAAGGGGCAGAAUGUGAAUUGAGUAGGCUUAAAUAUGCAGAAGAAGAACUAGUACAGGUUCGCAUGGCUCUGAAAAAAGCAGAGAAGGAGUUUGAACUCCGGAGCAACUGGUCUGUUCCCGAAACUCUGCAAAAAUGGCUUCAAUUAACGCAUGAAGUGGAAGUACAGUACUAUAAUAUAAAGAAACAAAAUGCAGAAAUGCAGCUUGCCAUUGCCAAAGAUGAGGCAGAGAAAAUAAAGAAGAAGAGAAGCACAGUGUUUGGGACAUUGCACGUGGCACACAGUUCAUCCUUGGAUGAGGUGGACCAUAAAAUCCUGGAAGCAAAGAAAGCACUGUCUGAACUGACAACCUGUUUGAGAGAGCGAUUGUACCGCUGGCAGCAGAUAGAGAAGAUGUGCGGCUUUCCAAUAGUACAUAACUCGGGUUUACCAAACCUCACAUCCACCCUGUACUCUGACCACAGCUGGGUGGUAAUGCCUAGAGUUUCCAUCCCUCCUUAUCCUAUUGCUGGGGGUGUUGAUGAUCUGGAUGAAGACACACCUCCAAUUAUUUCCCAGUUUCAUGGAUCCAUCAUAAAAACUCACGGGACACUUUCAAGAAGCAGCAGCGUGUGUCGACAUCGAAGGAGUAUCGUUCCGCCUUCUCCCCAGACCCAGCAUGUCCUUCAGUCACCUGAUCCAGAUAUCGUAUCAGUGUCCAGCUGUCCAGCUUAUUACCGCACAGAAGAAGAGGAGGAAGCCAUUUAUUUCAUCGCUGAAAAGCAGUGGGGAACACAAGACACUGGCUCUGAAUGUGACUCUGUAAGUUCCUCAGUGGGGAGAAGACAAUCAAGCUUUGAAGCGCAGCAGGUCAAUGCACGGAAAAUCUCAAGAGAGGAAACAUCCUGUGAGGAAUCCUUAUCUGGAGAUUCUCCUUCAGCAGCAGAAGCUCCCAAGGCAUGCCCUGAUGCUCCCGGCCUAUCAGAAAGCCAGAGCAUGGUUUUUAGCCCAGCUAGCAAGGUGUAUAAUGGUAUUCUGGAGAAAUCCUGCAGCCUGCACCAACUCUCCAGCGUCUUACCCACCUCUAAGCCGCCCCUUCCUUCUUUCCCUUCCAACGCAAACGACAGCAAACCCAUCCAAGAAGUUCACGGAAUUCCCGUGGUCAAGAAUACGCCACACGAGCUGUCCCAGAACGGAGAAAAAAACAAAAAACAAUCUAAAAUCAAAGUCCUUUUAAAGAAGAUCUCAAAGUAAAUUUUAAAAGUAAUAAGAAAAAAAGAAAAGGCCAUUCAACUUUAAAACUUGUGUAUUUUUAGGAAUGUAACUCCAGUGAGAGUUUUCGGACUGGGAUGUUCUAGUGGAAUGCUCCGAAGUUUGUCUACUAUUUUAAAGACUAUUAAAGAAGAAAAAAAAAAAAAAAAA